AUGAGUGCUGAAUCUGAGAAUAAGCUAUUUGUUACAGAAGAGGAAGACGUGACUCCUGAACCUUCCAUUGCUGGUGGUCAAGUGGAUGCAGAAGGUGAUAUUGAUCUGCAAGGUAAUAGUAAUGGUAAUGAUGAAAAUGAUGACGAUGAUGUUAUUCAAGAAAUUCCGUUAAACCUAGCUGGCCAAAAUGAGAUCUUACACAUUUUUCAGUAUGCUAAUAAGCCAAAGAAGAUCGGCAGGCGGGCUGCAGAACAUCCAUUUAUAACCGGUGCUAGAUACAAGGGUACAUCAUCUGUAUGGGAAUUGGAUAUCCCCCUAGAUGAGACUGCAUUUUACAAUAAGGAUAAAAAUGAAGGUGAAUGGAAAGAUGCCAAUACUCAGACUUUGAGAGGUGUUGGUGUGGGAAGUGAAGGACAAUAUGCAGGUUUCGUUGCUGAUGGUCAAGUUUACUUAACACCGGUAGAACGAAUUGCACAACUACGACCACAUUUCAAAUACAUCGACGAAGUUGGCCAACAACGAAAGCAAGAUGAUUCCAAGAAUAAUGUGACACCCGCUAGUCAAAAGGCUCAAGUAGUUACUAUGUCGGUGAGAAGUGUUAACGAUCCAAUACAAAGUAGGUUAGCAGGAUCUCUUCUGGCACAUAAAGUGGAGGAAGAAGAAGAAUUCGUUGACUUGACAUGGGUUGAAGAUGCAUUCGAACAGUUUAAAGAAUCCAUGAUCGCAGAUUCAUCUAACCAUGAACUGAAACCAAUCGGUGACGAACAUGACUACUUAGAGAAUUUACUUUGA